AUGAGCUUGACCAGUAACGCAAAAUCCACAGUGUUGGACCCAACUCCAAACGACAUUCAAAUGUUCUUGGCUUGUGAAUGCCACAAGGGUACCAAGAAUAUGGAAACUGAUAUGCAAAAGUAUGUCCACACCAGAAGCCAAAAGGAUGGUGUCCACAUCAUCAACGUUGCUAAGACUUGGGAAAAGUUGCUCUUGGCUGCUCGUAUCCUUGUUACUAUUGAAAAUCCAAAGGAUAUCUGUGCCAUCUCCACCAAGCAAUUCGGUCAUAGAGCUGUCCUCAAGUUUGCUCACUACACUGGUGCCAACUACAUUGCUGGUAAAUUCACUCCAGGUACAUUCACCAAUCAAGUCCAAUCUAACUUCAUGGAACCAAGAGUGUUGAUUGUCUCUGACCCAAGAGCUGAUCAUCAAGCCAUCAAGGAAGCUUCAAUGGCUAACAUUCCAGUCAUUGCUUUCGCUGAUACUGAUUCUCCACUCAAGUUUGUGGAUGUUGCUAUCCCUGUUAACAACAAGGGUAAGAACAGCAUUGCUUUGAUGUUCUGGAUGUUGGCUAGAGAAAUUUUGAGAUUAAAGGGUGUUGUCUCCAGAAAGAAGGUUUGGGACGUUAAGCCAGACUUGUUCUUGCACAGAGAUUUGGAUGAAAAGAAGGAAGAAAAGGAACAAAAGGAAACCCAAGAAUCCAAGGUACAAGCUGUUGUUGCUACUGAAGGUGCUGAGGAAGCUGAGGAAUAUGAAGCAGGUGCUGUUGCUGGAGAAUGGGGAAAUGAACAAUAA